AUGAUUGAAAUAGUUGAAGACAAAGGAGAAAUAAUAAAAAAUUCAAUUAAUUGUAUCUGGAGGGCAACGAGUAAAAAAGCUGCGGCAAUAAUCUUUAAUAAUGAUCCGUUACUUUCAGCUACCCUUAUUUUCAAUGACGGAAUGUCAAAUACAGUAAACUUAGAUGCACCAAGUUGUGUUAUUCAAGCCGAAAAUAUUAAUCUUGAUAGACAACCUAGUGAUCUAUCAUUAGAAAUAGAAAUGGACAUUCAAGAAAAUACUGCACAAAAUACGGAAUCGA